UGACCAGGAGUCGACGUGUGCAGAAGUCCUUCUAGUCCAGGGCCUGUUUCCCUGUAACACCUCCCUAUUGCUGGAGAAGGAGGAAAGUGCUCCAGGUCCUUUCAGGACUGUUGGUCUUUUGGGCGCUCCAGAAAUCGAGGUGAGGGAAGCGGGAGGAGAAUCCGCUGGAUCCCUGCAGGAUUAACUCAUUCAAAAAGGAAAUAGUCCAAAAACACUCAACAUGCAAAAGUCUUGUGAAGAAAAUGAAGGAAAAGCACAGAACAUGCCAAAGGCUGAGGAAGACCACCCUGCACGAGAGGUACCACGGGAGGCAGAAGGAAAUCCCGCACCUUCCCAAGAAGUAAGCCAGGAGGCCGAAGGAACCCUUGGAGGAGGGCCCACUCAGCCGGGCCCAGGAUUUAAAGAGGACACUCCUGUUAGGCAUUUGGACCCUGAAGAAAUGAUAAGAGGAGGAGAUGAGUUGGAAAGGCUUAGGGAAGAGAUAAGAAGAGUAAGAAACAAAUUUGUGAUGAUGCAUUGGAAGCAAAGACAUUCACGCAGCCGUCCUUAUCCUGUGUGCUUUAGGCCUUGAAUUCUUUCACGUCUGAUACUAAAAUCUGGCCCCUGCUUUCAUUUUGUUAGCAUUUUCUGAUGUGUCUUUGAACUCUAUUUUACUUUUAGUUAUCUGAGGAUAUUUUGUUUUAGGUAAUUUCCUUGUUACCAGCAUCUCAUUGGAUUUUGAUCCAUCUUCCAGUCUGUUUUCCAAUUGGGAAGUUUCACACAUAUGCAUGAAAACACAUUCAUUCCGUAUUGUAAAGUCAAACAUAGCAGGUUACAAAGCAACAUAUUAAGUAUUAGCUCACACAUGUAGGAUAAAAUUCCAAAUUGUGUGUGUGUGUGUAUACAUACAAUCAUAUAUCAAAAACUUAACUGCUUCUUUCUGUGUGGUAUGAAGUUUUGUUUUGCUUUUUGCUUAUGUGUAUUUUUUAAUGAAAUUCUGUCUCACACACACACAAAGUAAUAGGAAUUUUUUUUAUAUAUAAGUAAGAGUUAAAUAAUUUUGCAACCAGCUUCUAUGGGCAAUGGGGCAACCUAAACUCUUGAAAGAACUAUACAAAAGAAAUGUAAACCUCAAAUCACCUCUGGAUCUCUUAGCCAGAGGAAUAAAACUGGCAGUUAUGGCAGAUA